AUUGUGAACAAAGCUUUAAGCAAGUAUGAACUUUUAUGAACGAAUCAUGUUUGAUGAUUCCAUAUUAGUUUUUUAAUUACGUCAUGACAUAACGCGCGAUAGAUAACUUUUGAAAUUGAAUUUCUCUGUAGACGAAAUUUCUUUUUAAUAAUAUUAAAACAUCAUGAAAGAAUCAAUUUUGAUAAAUAACAAAAAAGAAAGUAAACAGAAGCGUAAGUACAUAUAAUUUAGUUAUACAUUUGCCAGUUAUUCAAUUUAUCAAAUUUAUCGAUAUCAUGUUUCACACCUACCUUUUUCAAUUUCCUAGUGUGCGUAUUCUAUUUUAAGGUAGAUACAUGUGAUAUGUUUUUAUACGUAAUAUAAAGGUUAUCAUGCAUUAUCUGUCAGUUAAAAUUCUGUAAAUACGUGAAUAUUUUUAAUCAUACUCAUUAAACAAUUUUUCUAUAUUUUGCUAAUUUUUUAAAUUAAAUGUAUAUUUAUCAAAUAUUUGUUCGUAAGAGUGAACAUUUUUCUAAUCUAAUUAUUAAUAAUACUUACAAGUAAUAUACAUAAGUAAUAAAUUAUGACCUUUUCUUUAGGACAUCUUUCUCUAUGAUGACUUAUUUGUUACCAAAAAAAUUUUUCAAUCAAAACUAUUUUACAAAUUUGUCCAACAAAUUUAUGCAACAUAUUCAAAGUCAUGGAUAUGCUCAUGAUGUUGGUUUAAUCGAGAAAGGCCCAAUUGCUUUGUUAAAAAAUAAAAUUGCCAAAGGAGAGCUAAUGGAAGAUGAACAUCAAAUAAAAGUUGCUAAAACAUUACAAAGUAUUUACGAAGAAAUAAAUGGAUAUAAACCUGAAGAAUUCAACUUAUUAGACAAAUGGCUAGGUAGAAAGAGAAAACAGCCACCGAAAGGAUUAUAUAUUUAUGGAGCAGUUGGUGGAGGUAAAACAAUGUUAAUGGAUCUUUUCUAUGAAUGUUGCCAGAUAGAAAAUAAAAAAAGAGUUCAUUUUCACUCCUUUAUGGUGGAUGUACAUAAUAAAGUACAUGAAGUGAAGAAAAAUAUUGUAAGAGAUGUUAGUAGUACUAAACUUCAACCAUUUGAUCCAAUACCACCAGUUGCCAAAAGUAUUACUGAAGAAGCGUGGUUACUUUGUUUUGAUGAAUUUCAGAAAAGGAAAAGAUGCAACAGGUGAUGUGGACAAAGUAUUUAAAUAUUUAUGCUCACAGGAAAAUGAUGUUGUAAGAUCUCGGACUAUUUCUAUAAGAGGUCGUAAUGUUACGUUUGAAAGAACCUGCGGUCAAGUGUUGGAUUCAACUUUUGCAGAAUUAUGUGAUAGACCACUUGGUGCUAGUGAUUAUUUAGAAUUAAGUCAAGCAUUUCAUACAGUCAUUAUAAGAGACCUACCACAAUUAGAUUUCCGUCUUAAAUCACAAACUAGAAGAUUUAUUACAUUAAUUGAUACACUAUAUGAUAAUAAGGUACGAGUUGUAAUAUCUGCAGCUGUUCCACAUACAAAACUUUUUGUGCCAGAAGGAGAUAAUGAAUAUACAGAUGAAAAACGGAUGCUAAUGGAUGAUUUAAAAAUAUCGCAUGGUUCAGAUGAUCACAAAUCUAAUCUUUUUACUGGAGAAGAAGAACUUUUUGCUUUCGAUCGCACCGUAUCACGACUUUCUGAAAUGCAAACUGCGCGAUAUUGGGAACAAUGGCAACAUUAUAGAUAAUAAUAAUUUAAAUUAAUAAAAAUUUCAAUAGUUUUGUUUAGGAAUUUUGUUAUUUAUGUGAUCAAAUCGUGAACUAUUAAUAGUUAACUUGUUGGUAAUAAAUUUUCAAAAAAAGUACAGUAUUAAUUCGAAAAGAAUAAUAAAUACUUUCAAGUACAUUAUAUUAGAGAUAUAUUAAAUUUAUGUAAAAUAUAUCACAAUAUAUUUCAGAAAAUAUUUAUAAUAUUUAUUUCUAGUACAUAAAUUUAUUUAUUUU